ACACUGGCUUCUCAUAUUUUCUUUUGUGUUUCACUGGUAUUUUCACCACUCUCAGUUUUGUGCGUUUUAGCUUUUCUGACAAGGAUGGACAUUCGUGUGCGUUUGCGGCCAUGGCUAGAAAGUCGACUGAACGAGGGAUGGAUCGAGGGUCUGUGUUGGGUGGAUCAGGAGAAGGGUAUAUUUCGCAUACCGUGGAAACACCACAGCAAGCACACAUGGACUGAGCAAGAUGCGGCUAUUUUCAAGGACUGGGCGGUCGUUACUGGUCGAUACCGUGAAGGCAUUGAUGAUCCAGAUUGGCCCAUGUGGAAAACUCGCCUUAGAUGCGCCCUAAACAAAGCACCGGAUAUACAGGAAGUCAAACAGCGGCACAAUCUCCAUUGUGAUGAACCCUUUAAAGUAUAUCGUUUUAUAAGUAAGACGGAAUCAUUAUGGCGUGCCAAUGCUACGCGAAAUGCCAGUAUGAUCUUUGAUGGUUUGCCAUCUUUGGGUCAGCUGGCGACUACUUUCAACGUGCACAGCCUCUCUGCGCGUCGAAGUUCAAACUCUUCUACGGCUGGGCAUCAGAGGCGUCCCACAAUCUUGAUUGGUCGUCUCUCUUCGUUGGCCAGGAAUGAUAGUGCGCCCUAUCAGAACAGGCCACUAGCCAUUGUUCGUCGACGCGACCAACUCUUUGUUAAAAAACUUAGUCUUCGCUCCCUGUUACCUUCUUCUUCUCAAGUUCAUGCCCCCCUUUUGCUAUCCCAACAUGUCCAUCCAGUAAACGCCAGUUCACUUGACUCUCUUGAUGUUGGUGCAGUGCAAGAGGUUUUAUCGUCUCCCUCCCCUCAGUUUUCUAAUCUUAACUCGAAUCCCAUGACCUCCCCUUCUAUCCCAGUUCUUCAUCCUCCUUCCUAUCUCCCUCUUCUUCCCGAUAUAAUGGAGCCGGAGUUUCAUCAACUAGGCGUACGUAUUCAACAUCUUAGCGUCCGUGUCAGGGACGCGAUUGUCACGAACCCAAAUGGAUGUUGUAUUUACUUUGGUCGGUUUGAUGAGGCUUUGGCAGCCAAUCCUGUGGCCGAUCCUCCAGACAGCAUUUCUAUUACAAGCACUCCCGAUGCUAUCGAAAUGGCGAUUACGCACAACGUAGCAGAUGAAAAUCGUGCUUACGUUGAUAUGCUGCUUAGUAAUAUGAUUCGCGGGAUUGUUGUUACAGCCAGUUCAAGUGAUGGAAGCAUAUAUGUGAGGCGGCUGUGCCGCUGUGCUGUUUUUGCCUAUUAUUUGGACGAGGGUGUCGGCGACUACGUUUUAAUAAAGAAGGUUUUCCGCAGGGAGUGCGUUAAAAUCUUCGAUUAUCCGCGUUUUGCCGCGCAAUUGGAAUACUACCGUUUGGGUCAGGGUCCAAAGCCCCACUUUGAGGUGGUACUUGCCUUCGGCCAACAACUUAGACCUGGACUUUUAACGCAGAAUCUACUCGUCUGGUGUCGGAUAGCUAGCUGUAGGGCAUGGUUUCAAGUUCAGAGGGUUAUUUCGGGUCCGAAAACACCAGAAUGUGCAUUCCCCCUGUCUGUACCCGGAUCGCUUAUCUCAAACCAGGGCAUGCUAGUUGGCGAUGAGGUAUCAUCCAUCCCUACUGACGAUAUUGACGUUUGUGUGCCGGAUGCAAGUGGUGUGGAGAUCUCAUUGUACUCACCACCUGCUGGCAUAAAGCUCGAGCCUGAGGAGGUGGAGGAAGAGGUCGUUGUCUCAACUUCCCUCGGUGAUGAUGUCACCCCUUCUGCUCUCAUCGAUUCCGACCACGGUAAUCCGUCUGUCGGUGGUGAGGUUAUAUCGGAGGUGAUAGAAGAGGAGGAGGUCGUUGAAAUGCCACAGGAUGAGAGUUUGCUAACUAAUCUGGCUGUUGAAUAG